CACAUCCGUUCACUGCUCCAGAUAAGCGCAGUACGUGACACGGCAGUGCGACCAUUAUGUGUCUGUUAGGCUUGUGCUCGCAACUGCUGUACCGCCUGCCGCGCAGGAAGCCUCCACCGAGGGAGGAGUCCGAGGAGUACGACUUCGCAGCCACCGAGCUCAGGAAGUACGAACAGUAUGUGCAAGAUAAAGUAAAGAAGAAGUAUGGCAACUUGGGGCCCGGCGUGGUCAUGGUGCAGGUCGAGAAGGGUCACCAGGGUCUGGGUAUCAGCCUUGCUGGCCACAAGGACCGCAACCGCAUGGCGGUCUUCGUCUGCGGCAUCAACCCCAAGGGCUCGGCCUAUAAGACCGGCGGCAUACAAGUGGGCGACGAGAUACUCGAGGUGAACGGAGUCGUGCUCCAUGGCAGGUGUCACUUGAACGCAUCAGCUAUCAUCAAAGGCCUUCCUGGGAACAUAUUCAAAGUCAUCGUUCUAAGAAAAACCGAAGGCCUAGAAAAUCUAGCAGUUAAACCUAUCACCCAGUUUCCUGUCUCACUCGAUGAUGAGACGCCCGAACAGAGGUACGCCAACUUCAAGGGUCUGCGAACUGUUGCAAUCAAGAAGCCCUGCAGUAACGACAGCAGCGUGGUUGCCUCCUCCCCCACACAGCAGACUGGUCAAGGGCUGGGUAUCAUGAUCAUAGAGGGCAAACAUGCUGAGGUCGGUCAAGGUAUCUUCAUUUCUGACAUCCAAGAAGGCAGUGCUGCUGAACAGGCUGGACUCAUUGUUGGAGACAUGAUCUUAGCUGUCAAUAAGGACACUCUGCUUGGUUCUAACUAUGAUGCUGCUGCAGCAUUACUGAAGAAGACCGAAGGUGUUGUGUCGCUCGUGGUGUGCAACCCCAACAAGGCAAAAGCCGAGGAGAAAGCAGCGGACGGUGCCCCUGCACGAUCUCCCACGCCACAACCUCCCAAAGAGCCGGAGAAGCCAAGACUGACUGGGAAAUCCGUGGUUCACGCAAUUUCGCCUUCUACAUCGGGCAAACUGGCAGAAGAGCCGCCUGCGGAUCCUGCGACGGCCCCCGUCAACCCCGGCCGCGAGUCCACCAUCGAGAUCAACAAGGACAAGAUGGGGCUGGGGCUGAGUAUUGUCGGUGGCUCUGACACACUGCUGGGUGUGAUCAUUAUACACGAGGUGUACCCGGACGGUGCGGCUGCUAAGGACGGCAGACUCAAGCCAGGUGACCAGAUCCUUGAGGUCAACAGUGAGGAUUUCCGCAGCAUUACUCACAGCAAGGCGCUGGCCGCCCUCCGACAGACUCCUGCCAAGGUAAAAAUGGUGGUCCUAAGAGACGAAGGUGUUGUCAGUGGGAAGGAAGAGGAAUUGAUGGACAUAAUGGAAGUGGAGUUAACGAAGAAGCCCGGAAAAGGCCUCGGUCUGAGCAUAGUGGGGAGGAAAAAUGGACCAGGAAUAUUUAUAUCUGACGUGGUCCAAGGUGGAACUGCUGGGACAGAUGGGCGACUCAUGAAAGGAGACCAAAUCCUCGCAGUCAACGGACAGGACCUCAAGAACUCCACUCAGGAGGAAGCUGCCGCUGUGCUGAAAACUGCCGCUGGGAAAGUUACUAUGAAACUCGGCAGAUUAAAAGCCAGGACGACGCACGUCACAACACAGCCUGUCUUAACUAACGGAGUAACAGAGACCGUUUCUAAUACCACAACAACUUCGAGACUACGAAGACAUUUUGCAACGUUAUCAUUCCGAUGGAAAAACCAUGCGCUGAGUGAAAACGAAAAGUCGUCAUGAGAGACGCUGUUAAAGUGCUCGCUUUUACAUUCAGUAUUUUGAGUGUUCUACUCUCCAGUUCUGUGAUCAUUAGUCAUUGUGGUAGCUCUGGACCUGUUUGAUUAGUUUUAAGUUUGUUGUACAUUUUGUUUUAAUCUCCAGCAAAGUAGAGUAGGCAGUGCCUAUCAGCUGGUUUUAGUUUUAUAGUACGAUUUUGCAUAAGUCUCACAACGCUUGUCUUUCUUUAAGGCAUAUAUAUUUUAUCACAAGCUAAUGAAUGGUUAAUUUUGUAAACUUAGUAAACAUAUAUUAUAGCUAUAUUGAAAAGCCAUGGGUGAAGUAAGUUUUUUCCAUAACCAAGUGCCAUAUCUAACCAUAAUUUUGGACAAAUUUAAAAAUAAAAAUACCAUUAAAUGAGAAUAAUUUGCAAAUAUUGAAAAAGUUUUAAUUAAAUUAUAGUUACAUAGGAGAACUGGGGCGUAUCCAGGAUUAGAGUUUGGAGGGGGGCCAAACCCAUAACACAUAUUUUAUGAAUCCAUUGGGUGUAGGAAUUGAUAGAUUGUCUUUGUUCUUUUAUUUAAUAUUAUGUAUUAAAGGUAAAGGAUGUUUGGCAAGGGCGAAUACAGUGUUUGUGAAAUGGUAAAAGGACUAUGAUUACAUACCACAAACUGUACUAGACAAAACAUUUUCUUGUGUUAUGUCCUCGUCACCUGCAUAAUAAAAUAUGAAACUAUUUCCAUAUAUACUACUGUUUUAUGGAUAAGAUGGAGUAGCAAAUAUAUUAACUUUCUCUUAUCAUAUAUGAAUCCAAGUUACGACUACCUCGGCUUUUAUAAAUUAUAAUACCUUUCAAAUAUUUCAUUCAAUGCACAAGCCAGUAUCUGUGGCCUUAUUUGGAGUUUAGUUUUGUCGGGAUUGGGUGGAAGUCGAUAAUUUCAAAUUUAUCACUCCUUAAUAAUGUAAUUAAUAUUUGAGUUCUUAAACAGUUACAAAAGCUAAAAGAUGAUAUUUGAUGUAUCAUGAUUAAUGUGUUAACUAUGAAAAAAUUAUAUUUGAUCUUGAAGUUAGCCAGAAAUUGUUAUUAUUUUUCUAAAACGGUUUUUGAGGGGCUGGUCCUCCGAAUCCCUCCCUGAAUACACUAAUGGUAGAUAUGUUUUGUAUUAUUAAAAAAUACACACACAUAUGUAUUUAGAAAUAAUAAUAUUCUAUACAUGUAUAAUAGUCUAUUCAAUACUUCAGGUAGCUACUGAUAAAUAUUUGGCCCCAAGGGCCAGUUGUAGCAAUGCUAGAUAUAUGGUCUCAAUUAAGCAUUAAAUCUAAAUGAAAAUGCUUUAAAACAUUUACUCAAAAUACUCUGCAAACAAAACUGUACUCGUUUUACUAGUAUUUUUUAAAUGGUUAUAAAUGGUUAAUUUUCAAAUUUUCUAUACAUAUUUUAUAUUUUUAUGAUAUAUAUGCUACAAAAUUUAAUAACUAUUUAAAUUAAUUACAAUAAGUGUUAAACUUCUAGUCCUUUAAGAAAUUUUAAAUAAACUCUUGAAUGACGUUAGUAUAUUAUUGUUCCACCAAGUUCUCUAAUAAUAGUAACUUUUAAUAUAUAAUGUUUUCACUAAAUUUUCAACAGUAUCUAAUAAUUUUAUUACAAAAAUCAUAAAGUGGGUAAAAUAUAUGUGUAAAAUUAAGGACUGUUCAUUAAAUUUUCUAUAAAUGUCAAAUUUCCAUAACAAAUCAAAAGUCAAUAUAAUUUAUAUGUAAUACAGUCUACAUUUCAGUACAAAACAGCUGAUACAACACUGUGUUUUAUACUGAUAUUAAACUAUAAAGUUAACUAUUAAAAAUUAAUUGAUACCUUAUUUUAUUUAUUCUAUGAAGUACAGAAUGUGAACUAAGUAUAGGAUAUGUACUCAUUCUAUCUCAGAUGUCAUGAAUUCUAUUCUAAGCACAUUAAUACUCAACACACCCACAAACUAUAAAACCGAGACAUACUAAGAAGUAUUUCUUUUUGAGUCAAAUGUUUAAACAUUGCAUAAGGUAGUUAACUUCAACAGUUUAAGGUACACUUGGAGUUGUCAAAGUGCCAUUACAGCUUUUUAUAUAUGAUAAGAUAAUUUUAAAUCAAAAGAUGUAUCCUACGUCAAUAUCCCUAGUCACCCAUCCUUAGAUUUACUUAAGUUUUUUUAUCCUGCACUGAAUUUUUAUUGAUUAUCCACAAUUACAGUUAUUGCCUAGACUGUGUACAGUAAGUUUUCAAAUCUUGUAUUCCGUAAUUAACAAUUUUUUUUGUUUUCUCUCUCAACACUUUUGAUGUUACGAGGAGGUACCCAAAAGAAACCGGAAUUAAUUUUUAAAAGCUAUUUAUUUUAAAAUUUUUUACAAAAUAACCUUAUCUCCUUCAAAAUACUUUCCUCUGUUCGAAACAUUUUUUGUACUCAUCUUUAGAAAUGACUGACAGCUCCUCCCUCAAUUUUUUGAUGACCUCUGCGAUGUUGUCAAAUUGGUGCCCUUUCAUGACCCUUUUCUUGCUUGAAAAUAAAAAGAAGUCGCACAGUGCCAGGUCAGGUAAGUAAGGUGUGUGAGACAAGCAGAGCCAUGCCAAUUUUAACCAAAAACGCUCCUUUUCCCGAUGUUUCUUUUGAUUUUCAGUCAGAACCCAAGGAACAAACUUGGCAGCAACCCUUUUCAUUCCCAAAUAUUCCGUUAAAAUUCGCUGAACCAAGCUCCAAAACAACCCACUAAUCUCCUACAGUUGAUCAAUUGUCUGUCGACAGUCUGCCGAAUUUUUUCAAUAUUUUCAUCGAUUCAGGCAGUUGAUGGACAUCCAGAACGAGGUUUGUCAUCAAUCGACAUGUUCCCAUUUUUUAAUCGAGCAAACCACCCGUAGUGGCAGUAAGCUGUUUUCAACAUUAAAACAGUUUCAGCAGUGUUUUUACUGAGUAGAAAACAAAAUUUCACAGCUGCACGUUGUUCACUUAAAGUUGCCAUCAUAAAAAUCUAAACAAGACCAAAACAGCAUUAGCAAUAACAAUCAUUACAGAGGAACUGACAGGUGGUAUUGAACUGGCUAUCAGGCUGUGUUGUACAUGCCUGGCGGCAGAAAUGUGUAAUACACAAGCUUCGCCCACGGCAAUGUUAUUCCGGUUGCUUUUGGGUACCCCCUCGUGUAUAGGGUUAGAGUUUAUUUUCCUCCUGUUUUGUAUUUUUUAUCACCAUUCCUUUUUAUGUUCUGUUGAAAUUAAGUUUAGCUAGAAAUAUUGUCUUAUUUUCCUGUAUUAAAAGUACAAAUGGUUUAGUUUUACAUGUUUAGUUUAGAACCAAUUCUGUAUUAUAAUAAAUUAUAAUUUGAUUUUUUCUGUAGCUAAAUUGAUCUUUGUAUAAUUCAGUGCAACUUGUAUUUUAGUAAAAAAAAUGUUAUUUGCUGAUAUGCUUUUUUCUGUAUUGCUUGCUUUGUACAGGUAGUUAGAAGUAUAAUGUCAGGAUGAUUCAUUGAUUUGUACAAUUAUUUUGUUUUCUGAGAGUACCUGUUAUAUAUUUAUUUUUAAUUUGCUCAUUGCUAUUCUUUAGUUUAUUGAAAAUGUAUUGUAAAUAUUCUUCCAAUAUUACAUGCAAAAAUUCAACAUGGGGUUUCUAAUUAGUGAUAUAUCACAUCAUUAAAUCAGCUAUGUGUCAAAUGGUCUUGUGGAAAAACGAAUAUCAAAAACCAAUAAGAAAAUGUUUGCCCUGAAACCAAUAGGGAAUAGAAAUAAAUAUUUAAAAAAUACAUGUGAGUAAGAUAGAAAAACUUAUGUUUAUUCAGAUUUAUUCAAACAAUAUAGUUUUAUGUUCAAAUAUAUUUUGAAGUCAACAAUUUUAAGCUAGUGUAUGUCAUGAUUGACUUCCAUGAAAACAGAAGAUUUCACUACAAACUUAUCUGUGGAACAGUAAUAUAGAAUUAAGGCAUUUCCAUUAUAAAACCUGUAAUUGACAAAUGUUACCAAUCUUGCUACAUAAUUAAAUUAAACAUUUAAUUCUU